AUGAUCCCAGCGCUGCGAAGACCCUUGAGGUCUGUCUGGGAAGUUCCGUGCCGGAGCUUACUCUCUCUUUCGAGAAUAAGAUCGAGCACAAGGUUUGUUUCCACCGAGAUUCAGCAAAAAGACGAACAAGCUGGGGAGUCCAUUACUGCAACGGACACAGGUGUGAUACACAAAACAGAAGAAGAAACUCUAGUAUAUUUCGACAAUGUGUACCCUCGAGCAACCUCUUUAUGGAGUCCCACUCAAUGGUAUAACAUCUUGCUCACGAAUCAGUCGCGCGACGCUGUACGUUCGAAAAUCAUGGAAUACGCCAGUCCCAAAAGCAACCCAAUACACGGCUUAGAGUUAAGAUCCAGCAUCCCAGUUAAGCGGGAUGGAGGCGUUUUCGCGACGUUUUUAGUCCCUCCUAGAUAUUCCAUAGCUGAAGUCAACUCGAUGAUCCAAAAAAAUACGGCUGAGGAGUCAUCGAUGAGUUUCCUUUCUUUCAUUACAAAGGCCGCUGCUUUCCCAGUCAAGGGUACCCCAUGGAUCGAAGAUUUACGGCGGCUGCCUAGCACAGUUAUCAAGAUAAAAUUCGAAGGUCAACCGCUCUCGGAGGAAGAGAUCUACUCUCUGUUCAGAAGGUACGGUACAAUCGUUGACAUUUUCCCUCCUAAAAAGGGUGAAAACAUAGCAACUCUGCGUUAUCGCUCGUUCCGUGGUGCAAUCUGUGCCAAAAACUGUGUCACCGGAAUGGAGGUCCACAACCAUGUAAUUCAUGUCCAGUACGAACGCCCUGCUAAUGAACACAUGUUCAGAGACUUUUUUCUGAAUCACACAAGGAUUGCGGUGCCAUUGAUAAUUGCUCUACUGUCGAUUGCUGCCGUUCUUGUAUUUGAUCCGAUUCGUGAAUUUUCCAUUGAACAGAAAAUCACCCACCAGUUUUCACUCUCCAGGGACAACUAUUUUGUAAAAAGCUUUUUCAAAUUCACUUCCUACACUGUCUCUUCGUUCAAGAGCCUGUUGGGAACCGAAAAUGUGCAAACCAACCAGAAACAACUAUGGGAAGAGCGCAUAGAGAAAGUGAGCGACCUAAGAAUGUGGUUGGAGGAAAACAACAACACUUUUGUCAUCGUCAGAGGUCCAAGAGGUUCAGGAAAGCACGAUCUUGUUGUGCAACACACACUUCACGAUAGACCAAAUGUCCUCUACAUAGACUGCGACAAGCUGACUAAAUCUAGAACUGACUCCAAGUUUUUGAUGAAUGCUGCUGCUGAAAUAGGUUACUUCCCUAUUUUUCCAUGGAUCAAUUCAUUGACCAAUGUCAUUGACUUGGCAGUUCAAGGCCUAACGGGGCAAAAGACAGGACUAUCAGAAAGCAAAGAAACUCAAUUUAGAAACAUGUUGACGACAGCUCUUAUGUCAAUCAGACAAGUUGCUCUAAAAGGGUACCACCCAAUGAUUGGAAGCGGUGAUGAUGCCAUCAGCGUCAAGGAAGAAGAUUAUCUACAGCAACAUCCUGAGAGGAAACCCGUGAUUGUAAUCGAUCGUUUUAGUGAUAAAGCUGAAAUGAACAGUUUUGCGUUCGAAGAGUUAUCGGAUUGGGCAGCAAUGCUUGUGCAAAUGAAUAUCGCCCACGUAAUCUUUUUGACGGAAACUGUUGCGCCCAACCAGCUUCUCUCCGAGUCUUUACCCAAUCAAGUCUUCAAGACACUGGCUUUGUCGGACGCUUCGAAGAAAUCCGCCCGCUCUUAUGUUCUAGCUUCGUUGGAACAUACAGACCUUGUCGAUGACGAGAAGCAAUCUCAACCCGUGGAUCUUUCUGAGGAAACGAUGCAUGAGAUAGACACAUCACUCGAACCUCUUGGUGGUAGAAUGCUUGACUUGCAAGCAUUUGUCAGAAGAGUCAAAUCAGGAGAAAAUCCAAAAGAAGCGCUGGACAAAAUGGUCGAGCAAGCACUGGAGCAAAUCACUCAAAUUUUUCUUGCGGAGAACGUCGACCAAAUCCGGAGCGCCCAAGCCUGGGAAUUAAUUGAAAUGCUCAGUAAGCAACCUGUGGUACCUUUCAAAAGCAUCGUCUUCAGACCCUUAUUCAAAAGUGCACCGGAGGCAGGACUUUUGGAAUUGGAGAAGAAUGGACUCAUUACUGUCUCAAGAGAUAGAGGCGUGCUUAAAGACAUCCGACCCGCGAAGCCUCUUUAUAGGGCUGCUUUUGAGUAUCUUUUGAAGAGCAAUGAGAUUGCAACUGUUUUGGAAACAGGUUAUCUGUUAAAAGUGAUCAAUUUUGAAACCAAACGUAUCCAGAAAUGGGAGGAAGAACUGAGAUCUUUGGGUAAAGUUACAGAUACAAAGCUUUUCAAGAGCAGGUUGACUUAUUUAGCGAACAAAAUUGAUGCUAGCAGCGAUAGCAUCAACAGUUGCGAGGAAAAGAUCAAACAGCUGUCCAAGGCAGCUGAAUCCAAGUGA